AGCGAGAGCCUUGUUCGCAUCGCUGUCCAGCUCACCACCGGAGGUUCAACUUGCGAAGCUGUCUUUGGGCAAGAGUCACGAGGGAUUGAAUUAUCUCUCUUCGUCCUAUUACGUCCAGUCCGUGCUCCCCAUAUGUCAACUUGUCUUGCCUCCAAUCCAUCGUAGAUUUUCCUUAACUAACAACUGACAUAAGAAAAAUCCCUGGGUUCAAAAUAAAUUCCAUCUCUCCCGCCCGCCGGUGACCGGAGUCCACAUCCUACACCUCUUUGAAUUGAUUCCGUCCCCCGACGACCUCCCGACCCCACCGAACCUUAAUACUUCCCAACCCCCGUCAUCACCACCCCUGACGACGAGCACCUUUCCCACCCCCGACCUCACCUCCGUUGAUUGUUUGCGCAAUUAGCAAUACCGUCGUCAAAAUGUCCACCAUCUUCCGCGCCUCCCGCCCAGCCUUCCGCGCCCGCACCUUCUUCCAGCAAAACGCCUCCAAGACCACCCGCCGCUUCCAGUCUACCGAGUCCACGGCCAAUGCCGCGCCAGAGUCAUGGAUGCAGCAGUUCUGGAAGAGCGAGAAGGGUCCCAAGACUGUGCACUUUUGGGCACCAAUGAUGAAAUGGGGCCUCGUCCUCGUCGGCAUCUCAGACUUUGCCCGCCCCGCCGAGUCCCUCUCCCUGACCCAAAACGCCGCCCUCACGACCACCGGCAUCAUCUGGACGAGAUGGUGCUUGAUCAUCAAGCCCAAGAACUACCUCCUCGCCGCAGUCAACUUUUUCCUCGGAUGCGUCGGCGUGAUCCAGUGCAGCCGCAUCUUCCUCCACCACCAGGCCCAGAAGAAGCUCGCGGAGGAGGUCGGCGAGGCCAAGGAGGCGGUCAAGGAGGCCAAGGAGGCUAUUAAGCACAAGUCUUCAUAGAGGAAGGAGCGAGGCGUGCUGCAGGAGGGGGAUAUGGAGAAGCUUUUGGUUGUAUGGGGGGCAGUGUGAAAACGCGUGCACUAAUAGCAAGUGUGUGUGUGUAACAAACGAUGGUCUCUUUGUUCAUUUUUUCGGCGUGGGAGGAAGAUGUGAGGAAAUUGUAUCUGUACAAUUACCCAUAAAACGUGGAAGAUGGUGGUGUGUGGUUGGUUGGUCGGUGGUGGGCGAGAAAGAACGGAGGGAAAAGCGGAAAAGGGAAGCACGGUAGGGGGAAUGGAGUUUAUACUGAACUUGCAAUUUACAUUUGACUUUUUUGAUGGAUGACU